ACACGCUCACGCACAGCGAACACUCUCACUUCUAUUCUGCACUUGAAAAAAAACAAGACUAGUUCAUUUUUCAAUUCUCAGAGAUCUUAUUUAUUACAGAUUAAAAUCAACAGUACAUAAAUUAGUAGCAGAGAUGCAGAGAUUAAACCAGUUGAUAACAAGAAAACAAUUAAUUAUUAACCCAAAAGCUGGGUUUCGAGAAUUCUCUGCUCUUCCAAACUAUGCUCAACAUGAUGAUCUUCAAGACCAGGUUUUGGUUGAAGGAAGAGCUAAAUCAAGAGCAGCAAUUCUUAAUAGACCCUCUUCUCUUAAUUCGCUCACUGCUCCAAUGGUGGCUAGGCUUAAGAGACUUUAUGAAUCAUGGGAAGAAAAUCCAGAUAUUGGAUUUGUUUUAAUGAAGGGUAGUGGAAGGGCUUUCUGCUCGGGUGCUGAUGUUGUUUCCCUUGCCGAGUUAGCUAACGAAGGUAGAAUUGAAGAAUGCAAAAGCUUUUUUCAGAUACUACAUAAGUUUGUUUACCUGCAAGGAACAUAUUUGAAGCCACAUGUGGCUUUCUUGGAUGGUUUCACAAUGGGAUGUGGGGCUGGAAUUUCACUCCCGGGAAUGUUCACUGUCGUAACCGAUAAAACUGUUUUUUCUCAUCCCGAAGCUCAAAUGGGUUUCCAUCCAGAUGCAGGGGCUUCCUAUUAUCUUUCUCGUCUUCCUGGUUGCUUGGGGGAAUAUUUGGCCCUGACUGGAGUUAAGCUUAAUGGUGCAGAAAUGAUUGCUUGUGGCCUUGCUACCCAUUAUUCUUUAAACGCGAGAAUCGCUAUGGUUGAGGAUCGCCUUGGAAAAUUGAUCACAGAUGAUCGUAACGUCAUUGAGACUUCUCUUGCACAAUAUGGUGAUCUUGUUUAUCCAGAUGAGAGAAGCGUCCUUCAUAAGAUUGAGGCCAUUGAUGCAUGUUUUAGCCAUGACACUGUAGAGGAAAUUAUUGAUGCAUUGGAAAAUGAGGCAGCCAGCUCCUACGAUGAAUGGAGUAAAGAAGCCCUUAGAAGAAUAAAAGAAGCCUCACCAUUAAGUUUAAGAGUUACCUUACGAUCUAUUCGAGAAGGUAGAUUUCAAUCUCUGGAUCAAUGCCUAGCUCAUGAAUAUCGAAUUUCCCUCACCAACAUCUCCAAAAGGGUCUCCAGUGACUUCUUUGAGGGAGUCCGAGCUCGGUUAGUGGAUAAAGACUUUGCUCCAAAGUGGGAUCCUCCAAGUUUAAAGGAAGUAAGUGAAGACAUGGUGGACUAUCAUUUCUCUCCGCUCGGUGAGCUCGAACCAGAGCUAGAGCUGCCCACAGCAACACGAGAACCUGGUGUGUGAGAAAGGUUAAUAGUAUGAAUAGGGAUCAUUGCUAGCUUCUGAUACUGCAGAAGAAGUAAGCAAUUGACUCGGCUAAAAGCGUUGCAGAGAAUUAAUUCCGAACCCGAUUCGUUGUAGUGGAUAGUUCACUAUGCCAUUGUUGCUCACUCAUUAGCGUAAUUGUUUACUGAACAUGUCAGUAUGAGAUUUUGUUAGGUUUUAACAAGGCAGCAGAAAUUGAAAUAUUUGUUUUCUUGCCUUGUAAAAAAGAAAUUGCAAUGCUGAUGCUUUCUUGUGAUUCCUUACUUUUAGAUUUAUGAUAUGUGCUGAUUGAAUAA